CAAAUCAUUAGUAAUAUAUACUCUCGUUGUGUAGUUUUAAAGUUAAUUAUUUUGUUUUAAUAAUAGUUAUUUUAUUAGUUAUAAAUUGUGACUUAUUUUCUAUAUAGUGUAUUUAAUAGUUUGUAGUAAAAAUAAAUUGUUUUGUGAUAAUUAAAAAAAUAUAUGUUAUAAUGAUAAUUAAUUGUGUUAAUAUAAAAAAAUAACUCAUUAAACAAAUUAAAUAUUAAUUUUUUAGUUUUUGUAAUAAUAUCAUUUUGUAAAAAUGAAAUCGAUAUUAAUUAGACAAAAUAUAUGUGUUUUGUAUUUAUUAUUAAUAAUCUCUUUUGUAAAGUUGGCACAUAGUACUGAUAAUGAUCCAGAUCAAGAAAAAAUAAAAGUCAAAAAUUGGAUUAUUGUUGACAAAGGAUGGCCACUACAAGACAAUUAUGAUCGAUAUAUUCGUGAAAAAAGUUGGCCAUUCUACUUUACUAAACAAGAUAUACCAAGUGAAUUUAAGUGGAAUAUUCAUAAAAAUAUAAUCGAUGAAUUCAAAAAUAAAACUGAUAAAGUCUUUAAAUUAAGUUUCAAGUAUUGGGAGUAUGGUUCGAGCGAUUUUUGGCCGCAGCCUAAAGUCAUAGCCGAUUGGUACGGAAGUAGCGAUGAGUUAACAAAUUUACAUAUUAUGUAUCAAAAUAAAUAUCGCAAAGACGCUGACAAUGGACUACAAUACUGGAUGCCAGUCGAGUAUAUUAUAUCAUACAAUCAAUUGACAAAAUUUGCAAUUGAUUUCAGAACUGUUUAUAAUAAUAAUCUUAUGGCGUUUAAAGAAAUCAAAUUAGAAUAUUUAGAAGAAUCUGAUAAAUUUCAAGAAGAUAAUGAUAUAAAUUAUGGUUACAUAGAUGUAAAAAUUGAUAGUAAAGAUUACGACACAGUAUAUGUAUUGGAUAAAACACAUAAAGAUACAUAUACUAAGGAAUCAGAUUAUAUAUAUAAACUUAAUUAUAAUUAUUACGGCAACGCUCGUGAUUUGGAAAUCAUAUUUGAAUAUAGAUUAGAAAAUGAUCCAAAAGAAAUAAGAAAUAAAUUUUAUUCGUUUAGAUUAGAAAAUAAAAUUCUAACUGAUAUUACUAUAAAUCUUAAUGAAUUUUUAGCAUUUACAGGGGCUAAUUUCUAUAUUUAUGCUAAAAUUAAAUAUUUUAAAAAUGACCAACCAAAACCUGAACCAUCAAUUGUGACAAUUACUAAGUCAACUGAAAUAACUAAAAAGACAACUAAAUAUCCUAAAUAUUUAUUACCGAUGAAAGAUGGGGUUGAAUGGAAUAAAUUAGAGGAUGGAGAGAGAAGUGUUUGGAAAGAAAUACCACAAGAAAAAUAUUUUACAAUUAAUUACGUAAAUAAUGAUGUAAAAUUUAAAGGUUUAAUUAAUAAUGAACAAAUAACAACGACAUCAUUGGUUAGUCAAUGGAUAAACUGGAAUAAAACACUGUUAUCAGUGCCACUAAAGUAUGAGAUAAGUGUUGAUAAUAGAGAAGAUUUCGAUGGUUUUCGUGUUCGGCCGCAACUAUGCGAUUGGCUGUUCAGGUGUCGCGACGGAACAAUUGUCAGCACUGAUACUGACGACAAAAAGCGAAUCUUUUCAGUAACCUUUGCACCGAUAGACGACAUAACAAAAUUUGUAAAACUACACUUUCAAGUCGACUACUUUAGACCGUCUUAUUUUGUCAGAGAUAAUAUUGCUGAAGCAUCCUAUACAUCAAAGUUCAAUCUAAAACUAAUACAUUUUGGUGACCCAUGUUUUGCUGAACUACAGUCUAGUAAAUGUGUCGGUCAUUAUGAGGAAUGCCAAUCAAUUGACUAUUCAUCUAAUAAUUAUCCAAAUGAUCCACAAUGUCAUUGCUUAUCUGAUUAUUAUCCGGAAAAAGAAUGCAAUAAAAUUAAUUAUUGUGAACAUCUAUACAAAGACAGCAAAAUAACGACUCUCAUUAGUGGAAAUAAAUAUUGUAAUACAUUGGUUACAAACAAAAAAAUUAAGUGUCGACCAAUUCCUAAUGAUUUUGAAUGUUUUUGCGGUACUAAUAAUAAAUUGCCAGAUAAUGAUCUUAUUAAUUGGAAUGCAAUAGAACAUAAAUGCGAACAAAUUGAAAUUAGUGGCAAUUGGGAAAAAACUACUGAUCCGAAAAUAUUUAUUGCACCCGAAAAGCAAGCAAAUAAACUUACAGUUAAUUUUAUACCAGUUUUAUCUGAUUUAGACGUUUGUCUUGAAAUUACUACAACAAUACCUAACAAAGUUGGAAUAAACUUAGAUAUUCAAUAUGAAGAAAACAAUUCUAUAUUACCAAGUUUAUUUUUAUCAAAAACAACAAGUCCACAAAUGUUUCAAUUAUGUUUAAAAGAUUACAUACCUAAUUUACCAGAUAAAUUUAGCGUAAAUUUUUUAGCACCAAAUAAUUUAGAUAAAAAUGAUUUAAAACUCCAAAUUAAAGCUAUUUUGCAAAUUAAAAAAGCGCCAACACAAUAUAUAACAAAUUGGAAGGCUAUGACAAUACAAGAAACAAAAGAUCAAUUAUGGACCCAAUUUCCUAACAAUAAAUUUGGUCAAUUUGAUCCUGAAGAUCCUAUCACUUCAAGAUAUAAAAUGAGUUAUAAAUUUACAGUUAAUGAAAAACUAAUAAAAACUUCACAUUAUUUAAUAACUCCGUGGAUUAAUUAUAACGAGAAUUUUAAAACUACACCAAAAUAUACAUUUACUAUUGAUUUUGAAGAUAAUAAUGAUAAAUUUGGACAAGCUAUUAAUAUUUAUUUACUAUAUCAAAAUGGUAAUAAAAUUACUAGAGAAGUUUUAUGGCAAGACACUACACAUGGAACUGAUAUAAUAGGCAAAUAUAAACCGGAAUUUAGUUUGAAUAAUAUCAAAGAAAAUGACUUUAAGAUUAUCAUUGAAUUUCAAUUUAAUAAUCAAUAUGAUUUUAAGAAAAAAGCUCAAUAUCCAAUAACUGUUAGUGAUAUUAAUAUUGGCGAUAGUUGUUUUGACGAUAUUGGGCAACCAGUUUGUGAUAAUAAUGCAUGUAAUCGUGUUAAACCUAAUAAAUUUCAAUGUGUUUGCCCACAAGGCUUGAAAGGAAUACAUUGUGAGGAAACUGAUAAAUGUACAUUGAAAAGUAAAAUUGAUGGUUUAACGAAUAAUGAGUAUUGUACUUUUUUUGCCAAUGCUGAUUGUCAACAUUUGUCAGAUGAUAAAUUUAUGUGUAAUUGUCCACAACCAUAUUAUCAAUGGAAUCAAGAUCAAUUAAUUUGUGAACAAAAAACUUUUGUAAAGACAAAUUCAAAAACUUGUGAUAAAGGAGAGUGUGGUAUAUUUGAUAGUAUUAAUACAGUUAUGAGAUCUACUAAUGAAUUAAUGCCAACAAUAAAUAGUGCUAAUUAUAAAAAAUUAUUGCCAUUUUAUUUGGGAUUUCAAAAUGAAGGCACAAUUGAGAUACCGGUUCCAAAACAAAAAUCUUCGGACCCUAAGAUUAAUAUCGAUACGUGUUUGAAACUGCAAUACAAGUUAUCAACGACUAAAUCAAAACUAAUGGUUGCUUAUAAUGACAAUAAACCCAUAGAAUUGAAUACAAUUGAAUAUAAACCCGACGGAGAGCUAAUUAAUUGGCAAAAUGAAAUAGUGUGCGCCAAUCAAAUUAGUAAAAAUGUGGAUGAAAAGUCACCCAUACAAACAUUUAUAUUAAAUCCAUCAAUUUAUUCAAAAGAUAGUGAUAUGGUUGCCGUCAAAAUUGAACAAAAAUUUGUUGAUCGAUCAGAUGGUGUUCCGUAUGAAAAAUUAAGUCCAAUACCAUUUUUAACUGCAUUUAGCGAUAAUGAUAAAGAAAAGGAUAUAAAUUUCACUUCAAGUCAUCAAUGGGUUACGCAAUUUCCCUAUAAAAUACAAAAACCAUACUGGUCAUUUAUUCCUGAUAAGAUUUCAGUUAUUACAUUUUCACCUCAAAUAAAUACUAAUAAUGAAAAUUAUGUGUCAACAUUAUAUAGUAAUUGGAUUGAACCUGGUCAAUCAAGACAGUUUACAUUGAAUUUUGUAAUUACUAGUGAAUAUAAAGACUUUGCAAUUGAAUUUUUAUUAUUUGAUGAAACUAUGAAUGAAAUAACGCAAUUAAACAAAUUAAUUAUUGGUGAUCCUCUAAUUUUGCCAAAUGUUGAUAUAUCAUAUAAAAAAGACUCACAAAUUGCUAAAAGUUUUGAUAAACAAGAAAAAAUAUUUAGAUUAGGAUUAAGAGUUACUUAUAAAAUACAGUCAGCAAAACAAUUAAUUAAAAUUGAAUCAGUCAAUUGUGGUGAUCCCUGUUUUGACAGUGAAAACAAUCAUUUUUGUCACGGAAACGGUCGGUGCAAAAGUCUUAAACCUUAUACACCUGAAACUAGAUCUUGUGAAUGUAAGGAUGGUUUUACAAAACAAUCACAUUGUAAAAUACAAGAUUUUUGUCAAUCAAGUGUUGAGCUACCAAAUGCUAAUACAGGCUAUGAAUAUUGUAAAAUACACUAUUUAGGCAAUUGUGUAUCUAAUACUUAUAAUUCAUAUAAAUGUGAUUGUAAUAACACAAACACACAAUACUAUGAUAAUCGUAAAUUAACAUGUGUGUCUCUACCAAAAUGUUUGUCUACCAGUUGUAGCGAUCCAUUAACACAACAGUGUGUAGAAUCAGAUAAAGACGAACCCAAAUGUAAGUGUAUAUUCAAUGAAAGGGUACAAUAUGUCGAUGAAAAUGAAGGAAAUGGUGAUCUAAAGUGUGUGCCAUUUGAUUAUUGUAAUCAAAAACAUCAGCUAUUGUUGCCUAAAGAAAACCGCAAUUCAGACCCGUGUGGGACAGGAAUUAAUAAUACAAUAUGUCUAUCAUUUAAAAUGACAUAUGAAAAUUCAAAAUGGGUUCCUCAUUAUAAAUGUGCAUGUAAACCUGGAUUCAAGACAAACAUAGAGGGGAAUAACAAAAUUAGUUGUACAUCACAUCGUUGUGAUAUAAGUUCUUCUAACAAAUGCGAACAAAAAUGCAAUAAUGUUCAUAACAUUGUCGAUGGAUAUACCUGUGAAUGUGACUCUAAAUAUACUAAAGAUGGAGAAUAUAAUUGUUUAAAGAAAUCUAGUGAAACAUGUGAUUGUAUUAAACCCGGUUGGUGUGGAUCUGAUGGCAAGUGUCAGUGCAAAAAUGGAUUCAAAGUUGAUGAUAAUACUGGAAAAACAUGUAUACCAUCAACAAUUUCUGUAGAUAAAUCUGUUUGUUUGAAUGGAAAAACUAAACUAUUGAACAAUGAAAUAGUAUGUGACUGUCCGUCAAAAGGUUAUACACUUGAAGACGGUAUGUGCAAACCGAUUGAUGUCUGUGCUAAUGGUCAACCAGGACAACAGGAUUGUGCAAACAAAAAUGCAACAUGUAUUUCUAAUGCCAAACAACCAGAUCUGUAUGAGUGUCGAUGUUUGCCCGGAAAGUAUAGAUCUCUUAAAUUAACAUUUGAAACAAACCAAACCUAUUGUAUGGAUUAUUGUCUAUACGAUCGACGCCAUGAAAAAUGUGAGGCAAUUAAUGCCGACUGCAAUCCAGUGAUUGAGCCAAAAGCUAAAGAGGAGCUAAAAGAUUUUUGUCGUUGUAAACCGGGAUUUAGAAUUACGGACAACAGUAAUAAAUGCGAUUUAGCUAUAAAAUCGUUAAAAUUAACAAUUAAUUUGCAAAACUUAAAUACAAUGCUUCAACCUGAUACAUUUUUAAUUAACGAUAAAAUCGUACAUGAUGAUGGAUACACAGAUUUAUUUGAAUAUUAUGAUUUAUUACACAAACAAUCGUUACGUAAUAUGGAUAUUGAAAGACAAAAAUCGUUUGAUUACUAUCGAGCCGUUGAACUCAACGAUAUAUUGACAUUCAUUAAAUUGAGUAUCGGUUCGACAACAUUUAGUCCGGAUAACUAUAUUAAACCUGAUUCUAUACAACUGGCCAUACAAUCGUGUAAUUACGAUAAGACUAGCAAAAGCAAUAAAUGUACAAUUGUGGUGGCAUUGGAUAAAUCAGCUAGGGCAAAUGAUUUGACUACUUUGUCCGAUGAAUUCAAAAAUUUAUGUUACAAUGAUGGCAGUGGUAAAUGUUUUUUCCCGGUCCAUAUGAAACCAUUGCCGCCGCCAAAGCCUAAACCCAGUUCAACAUUGAAACAAUUAAAGUCAGACAACGACGACGACAUACCUUCAAAUUAUUUUACUAAACAAGACAUUACAUUUGUUAUCGAAUCAAACAGUAUGACAACUCCUGAAGUAUUUAAGCGUUGUAAAGAUGAAGAAAGUGCUUCAAUGUGCGGAACGUAUGCCAAUUGUGUUGAGGGAACCAAUACUAGUCUAUCACUGUUUAGCUGUUUAUGUAAUACAAAAUUUUUCAAUAUUAACGGAUCAGUUAUUAUUGAAACUGAUGAACCCGAAUAUAGAGUUAUCCGACAAAUUUGUUCAAUGAGACCGACAAAAUCAAUUUGCAACGAUGUGUGCAAAUCUUACGGUGCAAAUAGCGUCUGCCAGGAAAACCUGGUCGCACCCAUACAUGAAGUUAAUUCAUGGACAGUACACACACAAAAUCUGUGUCAAUGCGCCCAAUCGUUUAAGCUUAGUGCCACCAAUGCAACCUGUAUCGGCGCGUGUGAAGGCGUCAACUGUAAUGACGGCAAAUGUGUAACCACUGGACAAAACGGAUACGCGUGUCUGUGUGACAGCAAAUACACGGGUCAGCACUGCGACGAAAAACUGGGUGAAGGCGGUUGGAUUGCAGGCAUUGUUGUGUUGGCCGUAUUGGUGGUCAUAGUGUCGGGUGCGGCCAUCUUUUUCUGUCGUCGUAAUGUUGUUGUUGUCAAUAAUAAUAAAGGAGUCGAGGGAAGGGCGUACAGUCAACGACAUCAUUUGCAGUAAGAAAUUAAUAUUCAUGACUACCGAAGCCAACGAAUAUGAUAUCCAGAAAACGCCAGUCUAUGUGUGAUAUAUGUCAUCAAUAAUAGUCAAUAUAAUAAUAAUUAUCAUUAUUUCUAAAUACAUUUAAUACUAUUUAAUCUAACUAUAUAUAUAUAU